AGGGAACUUACAUAAGAUAGAUUUCGACGUUUCGUUUGGUGCCUAGGAAAUGUGCAAACGAUGACUUCAUGGCGCACGAGCCACUGUACGCAUUUCCACGGCAUAGCUGCCGCCUCCUACACACGAUGCGACAGGUCCGCUACCGCUGCGCUAACCACAGCGCUAUCAAGGUCCCUCUGCGAAUCCCGAGCCGAGCUUGUGCCGACCGCCAUCAGCCUUAGCCAGGCAUGGCCUACGAUGUGGGAAGAUAUCAACUACUGAACACGCCACCGGCAAGUCGGUGGCUCGAUCAGUGGAGGAGCCAAUUGUCCAAUUGAAUUGGACGAGAAAGACGAGACGACGACAAGAAGAAAAACCAAAAAAUCUCUUCUCCGGCUUAUCCUCUCGUCGCGCCGGCCUUCUACUAUUAAAACCGGGCUGCGCCCACCUGGUCCGUGUCUCUUCUGUCUUCCUCAAUUGCUCUCAUCUCAUCUCUCCAUCGCCAUCUUCACCCCGCCAUGGCUACGCCCGCGGCGGCUUCUCGCCAUGUUCAGCGCGUGGUCACACAGGCCGGUCUACGCUCAGCACGGCCUCUGAGAAGCCAAUUGGCUCUCAAUCGAUGGGUAUCUUCCUCUUCAGGUGCUCGUCGGUCUCCGGCUAGCUUUGGAGCUUCUUCCUCAGCAGCCAUUUGGCUUGCAGCAGCCGCUAUUGGCAUCACUGCUCCCUUGGCUUACAGCUUGUCAACGGCAGAGUCUGCUAAGCUUGAUGUCUCGUCUCUUGCUGAGAAGGAUGAGCAGAAGAAGAGAGAAGCCAGCAUUACCGACGAAUCUCCGAUGCGCCUGCGGAUGGAGAAAUUCAUCAAGGAGCAGCAACAAAUCAUUGUCAAAGAACUCGAGCGCAUCGAUGGAAAGAAAUUCCGCAGGGAUGAGUGGACACGGCCGAAUGGCGGCGGCGGCAUAACCUGCGUGCUGCAGGAGGGUAACGUAUUCGAAAAGGCCGGUGUCGGUGUCAGCGUCGUUUACGGAUCGCUGCCCAAGCCGGCCAUUGCAAAGAUGCGAGAAAACCACAAGAAUCUCGAUCCCAACGUCGAGUCUUUGGAAUUCUUCGCCGCUGGCCUGAGCAUGGUGCUUCAUCCGUCCAACCCCAUGGCCCCAACCGUGCAUCUGAAUUACCGAUACUUUGAGACGGCCAAUCCCGAUGGCACAUCUCAGGCUUGGUGGUUUGGCGGCGGCAGCGACUUGACGCCUUCAUACCUCUUCGACGAGGAUGCUAUCCACUUCCACAAGACGAUCAAGGCCGCUUGCGACAAUCACGACAAGACUUAUUAUCCUCGAUUCAAGAAGUGGUGCGACAAGUACUUUUACAACAAGCACCGCGGCGAGUGUCGAGGCGUGGGCGGCAUCUUCUUUGACGACCUAGACGAGGGUGAGCGUGACCAGGAAAACACUUUUGCAUUCAUCCAGGACUGCUUAAAGUCUUUCCUGCCGUCGUACGUCCCCAUUAUAGAGAAGCGAAAGGACAUGCCCUUUGAUGAAAAGGAGAAGGCGUGGCAGCAGAUCCGCAGAGGCAAAUAUGUCGAGUUCAACCUGGUUCACGACCGAGGAACUGCGUUUGGCCUGAAUACGCCUGGAUCACGAGUGGAGAGUAUUCUCAUGAGCCUGCCGUUGACGGCAAGCUGGAAGUACAUGUACGAGCCAGAGCCUAAGAGCCGGGAGCAGAGGCUAGUGGACGUUUUGAAGGAGCCCAAGGAGUGGGUAUAAAAUAAUGGUACGACUCUUUUCUGUAAUUGCGUAGGGUUAUAUGUACUAGUAUAUAAACAGUAUACUUUGUAGUAGUAUAGAGGAAGGUAGAUAAAAAAAAAUAGUACUUGCUUUUUAAUUUGG